GCUCUCUCUCUCUGUUACUGGAGUUUUCCCAAUUUCGAUCUCUUUAAUGGUUGUUCUUUCACUCCCUUCCUGCUUCUUUGAACAUUAAAACCAACUCCAUCUCCACCUCACACCUUCCUUUCUUCUUCUUCUUCUCCUUCUCUGAUAGAGCGACAGUAUUGGUAGCUAAAAUCCAGCAUGAUAAUGCUGCUUCAUAAACUCUCCAUUUUGCUCAGUCUCUUCCUGGUUGUUCUUCCUCUGGUCAGACCAGAUCUAGCUUCUGAGAAACUCGCUCUCGUGUCUCUCCGUUCGGCCGUUAGGGGCCGAACCCUUUUCUGGAACGUUUCUGAGCAGAGUCCAUGCAAGUGGUUUGGAGUCCAGUGCGUAAAUGACCGUGUCGUCCAGCUUCGUCUUCCCGGUGUUGCGCUUUCCGGCUCAAUUCCCGCUGGCAUUUUCGGCAACUUGACUCAUCUUCGAACUCUGAGCUUGCGUUUCAAUGCUUUGAGAGGUGGGCUUCCUGAAGAUCUCGCUUCUUGCGUUAAUCUUCGUAACCUUUACUUGCAACAGAACCUGCUCUCUGGUGAAAUUCCAGAGUUCCUGUUUGCUUUACCGCACUUGGUGCGGCUUAAUUUGGCGUCAAACAGUUUUUCCGGUUCAAUUCCGUUGGGUUUCAACAAUUUGACGAGGCUGAGAAUUUUGUUCCUUGAAAACAACAACCUCUCAGGUGCCAUCCCCCAGUUAAAGCUCGAAAACCUUGAACAAUUCAAUGUUUCAAACAAUAAGCUGAAUGGUUCGGUGCCAGAAAAGUUGCGAACUUUCGCAAAAGAUUCGUUUCUGGGAAACUCUCUAUGUGGGAAACCCCUCAGUCUUUGUCCAGGAGAUGUUAAUGGAACCGGAACCGGAACCGGAACCGGAGCCGGAACUGGAACUGGAAAAUCUCCGACGCCUGCGAUUGAAAACAAUGAAGGAAACAUGAAGAAGAAGAAACUAUCAGGUGGCGCCAUUGCCGGAAUCGUCGUAGGGUCAGCGGUGUGUCUUCUGUUGAUUCUUUUCGCUCUGAUCAUAUUGUGCCGAAAGAGCAGCAAUCAGAAGACAAGGUCGCUGGACAUUUUCUCUGAGAAGCAUCCUGAAGUGGCAAUUCGAGGCGACAUACCGGUUUCAGAAGUGGAACACAGUGGACACAGUAAUGGCUACUCGGCUGUGGGGGCAACUGCGGCGGCGGCGACAGCGGCAGAAGCGAAAAAGCUUGUAUUUUUUGGUCAUUCACCAAAGGUGUUCGAUCUUGAGGAUUUGCUUAGGGCUUCUGCAGAAGUUUUGGGUAAAGGGACAUUUGGAACAGCCUAUAAGGCGACUCUGGAGGAUGGGCCUGUGGUGGCGGUGAAGCGAUUGAGGGAUGUGACGAUUUCUGAUACAGAGUUCAAGGAGAAGAUUGAAGCAGUAGGAGCAAUGGAUCAUGAGAAUUUGGUCCCUCUCAUGGCUUACUACUAUAGCAGAGAAGAAAAGCUUCUUGUCCAUGAUUACAUGCCCACUGGAAGCUUAUCUGCACUUUUGCAUGGAAACAAAGGGGCUGGUAGGACCCCACUGAAUUGGGAAGUGAGAUCAGGCAUUGCUCUUGGAGCAGCUAGAGGCAUUGAGUACCUACACUCACAAGGGACUAAUGUUUCUCAUGGAAACAUAAAGUCAUCCAACGUCCUCCUCACCAGAUCCUUGCAUGCUAAAGUAUCCGACUUCGGCCUGGCGCACCUUGCCAGUCCCACCUCCACUCCAAAUCGAGUUACCGGCUACCGUGCACCCGAGGUAACUGAUCCUCGCAAGGUAUCUCAGAAGGCAGAUGUCUAUAGCUUUGGAGUAUUGGUCUUGGAAUUGCUUACUGGGAAGGCUCCGGCCCAUGCGCUCUUGAACGAUGAAGGAGUAGACCUCCCUAGAUGGGUUCAAUCUAUUGUUAGAGAAGAGUGGACCUCUGAGGUGUUUGAUCUUGAGCUUCUUAGGUAUCAGAAUGUUGAGGAAGAGAUGGUUCAAUUGUUGCAACUUGCAGUAGAUUGUGUUGCUCCAUACCCUGAUCAUCGGCCAUCGAUGACAGAAGUGACCAAGCGCAUUGAAGAAUUACGAGAGGCUAGCUCGAGACAUGAUCAAGACCGAAUCCAAAAUCUUGACCCGAUCAAGGAUAUAGAUGAUAUAUCUUCUCACUGAUUUUGGGUCUGAGUCUGUCAUGAGAACAAAACUAAGGCAUCAAUCAAGUUCUUUGGUAGAAACAUGAGACUCAGAGAUCUUUUUACAAUUUAACUUCACAUGAUUGGUUUGCUGGAGAAAUUUUCUUUGACAUGUUUUUUAUGUUUUUAUCAGAGGACUUGACAGAAACCAUGCAAACAGCCUUAGUUUUGUCCUUGUCACCAUCCUACUUGAUGGAAGAUAGUCAUCGCAUGUAUAGAUUGUCUUAAUUUAUGGAGUAAAAAUGAAUCACUUUGGACAAAUUUUGGUCAUUAAGAUCAUUUUUUUGGUUUGUUUUUAUGAAGGUAUUUUGUUUUAAAAUGAGCUGAAUGAUCAUUACUUGUUCAAAAUGACUCACUUCCUCUCUGACGAUUGAUAGUCAAAUCAUCAAACAAAGCUCAUGCUUCUUGUUAAUGAAUUAGUGAUGGUUUGGAAUCUAAAUCCUGCGGCUGCCUGGGUCUCACGUUUCUUUAGCACCAAACAUCAAAUUUAUUGCCUCCUUUUCUUUUUUCAUGAUAUAAUCUUUCUCCAUUGUGUAUUAUUUUCAUCCACCUGUUUUCUUCUUCUCAUUUGAUACCUGGACAGGUUGCCUAUGUGGUCCAUUAGUGAUUUGUAUUUCUUUUUGUUUGGGACACUCUGCUUUUUGUUGCCUUGUUGGAACAAAAGACGUCGUAGUUUGCUGUCAUUUGUUGGUUGUGAUGUCUUGUCGGUGGCAUUUAUCUCACUCACACAAACUCUUAUUUUUUUGCCGAAAAGGUUUGGUGGGGAUAUGAAAUGAAAUCACUUUGGAAUUAAA